AUGGACUUCACAUUCACAACCUACACUCCUGCGACUUCGACCCGCCAGAAAAACCUCGCGAUACGCGUUCCUUUAUCCGACCGAAGUCCCAUAAAAUCUGCUGACAACACUUUCAAUCCAACCAAUACUUCGAGGCCUCGACGUCCUCGAGGGCCGAAUAUCAAACCUAAACAAAGGAAUAAUCAAAUAAUCAUUGUUAAUCGAGAAAAUCAUAACCCGUUUACUGAAAGUAUUCCAACUAACGAAGACCUUCCUCUGUUGGCAACUGCCACACCUCUGUCACAAACUCGCCCACCUAAUCCUUAUGAAGCUUAUUCCUUCCCCUCUCCAUCAUCAUCCAAUUUGUUCGUUUACGAAACACCUUGCGAGCCGCUCUUUAAACGGCCGAAAACAGAUCACAAUCCUUUACCUCGAGCCGCCGAGUUCCUCAGCUGGCAGACUUCCACUCCCUCUCACCAACCUGGCUUGUCAGCUCGCGGACGAAAGCGAAAGGCAUCCGUUGUUGACUGCGCGGGUGACGUUGAUGAAAUACCGUUGCCAGAUGCAGCUUCGCAGCCCACAACUACCAGUUUACACUCACAAUCACCGCCUCAGGCGGUUAUUGACGAAUCAGCUCUCCAGAAGCACAGCAAUAAGAGCAAUGGUUCCCGUCUUUCCUGA